AUGGCGCAAAAAUGUGUGCACCAGUCUUGUGGCAAGAUGUAUAGCGAUCCUGACGAAGACUGCUUCUACCAUUCCGGCCCACCAAUCUUUCAUGAAGGACAGAAAGGUUGGAAAUGCUGCAAACCACGCGUCCUAACCUUUGACGAAUUCCUCAGUAUCGAACCAUGCACAAAAGGCAAGCACAGCACCACCGACCUGCCCCCAACCAUCGAGAAGAAGCAGGGCGAAAUGGCAGGAAGCGCGAUUCCCGCCACCAAGCCAGUUCCCCCAGCUCCUUCACGAGCACCUAUUUCUGUCCCGGAGCCUGCAGCUACCCCGCCUCCUCCCCCACCAGAGUCAGAAGAUGACGAUCCUAGCCUCGAGAUCCCAAAGGGCAAGACUUGUAGACGGAAGGCAUGUGGAUAUCAAUAUACGGGCGGUGAGAGGGGAGCAGAGAAAUGCGUUUUCCAUCCUGGGGCUCCGAUUUUUCACGAGGGUAGUAAAGGCUAUACUUGCUGCAAGCGGAGGGUUUUGGAGUUUGAUGAGUUUAUGAAGAUAGAGGGUUGCAAGACGAAGGAUAGACAUUUGUUUGUCGGCAGUGGGAAUAAGAAUAAGGGUGGUAAUGCUGGCGGGGAGGAGCUAUUAGAGACGGUUAGACAUGACUACUAUCAAACAGGCACAACCGUAACCGCGUCUUUCUUCCUUAAGAAGAUUGACAAGGACAAAGCUUUGGUUGAAUUCCGCCCUACUGAGCUCUCUCUCGACCUCCCCACAACAGACACCCCUCCUAAGCGGUACAAAGCCGUAGUGCCUCUCUUUGGUUCGAUCGAUCCAGCUGCUUCAUCAUUUAGGAUCGUGCCAACGAAACUGGAGGUUACUCUGGCGAAGACUGAUGGGAAAGGGUGGGCGAAUCUGAGGAGUGAUGAGCGGUUAACGGGUGAGAUUAUUCAGACUGGCAAAGCCGGCAGAGCAUAA